AUGGAGGGCUCCACUGGGGACAAAAAGUGCCUGCAAGAAGAGGAGGAGGAAGAGGUAGGAGAAGGAGAAGUAGCCAAGACCACCGAAAAUUCCACGCAACUUGAAGAAGCCAAUCACGAAGCACAGUCCCUCUCAGUUAAGAGUUUGGAUAAUUUGACACCGGUCAGAGACAUUGUGGUGAUCGAAAAAUCUGUCCAAUCAUCCCCGAUCAUUCUUCACAAUAAGAAAACAUCUACAGAGAGUGGUGGAUGCCCAGACACGACGGAGGGAGAAGAAUUUGCCAGUGCUUCGGACUUUGUGGUUCGACGCAAGGCAGGCUAUGAAAAGCUGAUAUCUGAAUCAUCAGUCUCCUCUAAACAAACUGAUGUACUGUUGGAUCGGCUAAUUCUAGAAGCCGUUUCUUCGAUGUCUAUCUGGAAGAGGAGGCAGAGACGUGGGGUGACCGCGCAGAAGCGGCAUCAGCUGCUUAGAACUUUUGGGUGUGGAAACAUAAGCCAAAAAGUAGAUUGA